AUGUUUCAAUCGAUCGAAGAUGGUCUUGUGCAGGGACCUAGAUUGUUUAUCGCGGGCAAUUUCCUAAGCCAGACAGGCGGGCACGGAGAUACGCGAGGCUCCCACGACCACUCAAACAUUGAAUGCUGCGGCGGCGGCUCAUCAAACUUCCCAUCCUUUAUUUGCGACGGUGUGCCAGAGUGCUUGCGCGCAACGCGCGAAAACAUUCGAACCGGAUCCGACUUUAUCAAAAUCAUGGGGGGAGGUGGUGUUUGCAGUCCGACAGACCGUAUCGACAAUGUUCAGUUCACGUCGGAAGAAAUCAGCGCCAUUACAACAGUCGCCAAAAACAGCCAGACGUAUGUGACUUCUCAUGCGUAUACCCCGCAAUCCAUUCGGCAAGCGAUGGAGAACGGGGUCAUGGGUAUCGAGCAUGGUAACAUGAUCGAUAAGGAGACAGCAGAGUUGAUGGCCCAGAAGGGCGCAUAUCUCACCCCAACUCUGGUAACCUACACCGCGAUGGGCGAUGAAAAGUUUGCUGGAUACAUGCCAGCCGAGUCCAUGGAGAAAAAUGCGGAAGUAUACGUGGCAGGGCUGCGAGGUCUUAAGAUUGCUGCGGACGCUGGGGUAAACAUAUGCUACGGUUCUGAUCUUCUCGGACAUCUCGGCGUAAGCCAGCUCGAUGAGUUCACCAUCCGAAGUAAAGUACUACCUCCUCUGGCAAUCUUACGAAGCGCGACCAUCACCCCCGCCAAGAUGAUGCGCCAGGAAAACUUUCUGGGGCAGAUCAAGCAAGGCUUCGCUGCGGAUUUGCUGAUUCUGAACGCAAAUCCUUUGGAAGACAUAUCGGUUUUGGCACAGCCGGAGAGAAAUCUCUUGGCUGUCAUCAAAGACGGUAGAGUCGACUUCCAUCAGAGGGUGAAGCUUAGGUUGAAGACCCUUCUUAAGGACUGGGCCUUCGAUACAGUCAAGAAGCACCACGAGCAUUGGCGCAAGGCGAAGUUCGACCGCUUCGUCGCAGCCCAUCCCGACAGACCGAUGCCUCCAGCUUUGAGGACGAAGUGGGACCGGCGGAACCCGAAGCGAUAUCGUAACCUGGGCAGACCUCUCGACUACGUUCUCUUCGCUCUGCGCACCGAGUACAUCGGUCUUCUCCAGCACCGACGCGAGUUGUGCCGAUCCAAGAUCGACGACUCGUAUUGCCGCUUGUGCAAAGACCGCUUCAAGGGCAGACUCGAGACGGUGUAUCAUCUCCUGCAUUGCUGUCCUGCGCUCAAGCCACAGCGGGACAAGCUGCACGCCGAGGUCUACGCUACCGUUCGCGAGAUCAGGAACCCACACGACAUGAGGCGUCUCAUCCUUGACAAAGCGCCCAAGCUUGUCGCUCAGUUUGCUCUCAGGUAUUUUCCUAUCGACCAACUGGAGUGGACGCGGACACACAUGUUGGAUCUGCUCUCGGAGCAGGCAGACGAUGGCGGCGAUGGCGAUUGA